UCCUCGUUCCUGCUAGGUUCGGCAGCAGUGGGAGCGCGCAGGCGCGGCUGGAGGCUCGCAGAGCGCAGAGUAGCGGCGCGGAGCGCGCGGGAAUCAUCAUCCAGGGACCUGCCAGAGACCACAAGAAAACAUGGGGAGGAUUUUCCUCACAGGAGAGAAAGCCAAUUCAGUAUUGAAACGCUACCCAAGAGCUAAUGGACUUUUUGAAGAAAUAAGACAGGGCAACAUUGAGCGUGAAUGCAAAGAAGAAAUCUGCACAUUUGAAGAAGCAAGAGAAGCUUUUGAAAAUAAUGAGAAAACUAAGGAGUUUUGGAACACCUACACAAAAGCCCAACAAGGAGAGAGUAACCGAGGAAGUGACUGGUUUCAGUUUUACCUUACCUUUCCAUUAAUCUUUGGCCUCUUCAUUAUCCUUCUUGUCAUUUUCCUAAUUUGGAGAUGCUUCCUCAGAAACAAAACUCGCAGACAGACAGUAACUGAAGGCCACAUUCCCUUCCCUCAGCACCUUAAUAUUAUCACUCCGCCUCCCCCACCAGAUGAAGUGUUUGAUAGCAGUGGAUUGUCACCAGGCUUCCUGGAAUAUGUAGUUGGGCGCUCAGAUUCUGUCUCCACUCGCCUAUCCAACUGCGAUCCUCCACCCACCUAUGAGGAAGCCACUGGCCAGGUGACCCUCCGGAGGAGUGAAACAGAACCUCAUUUAGACCCACCCCCAGAGUAUGAGGACAUCAUCAAUUCCAACUCAGCCAGUGCCAUUGCCAUGGUGCCUGUGGUCACCACCAUCAAAUGAAACUGUAACCUUUUUACUAUAAUCAUUUUUAAAAUACUAAUGAAAGAACUUUCUAGCACUUUACCACUACAUAAAUGUGCAUUGACUUAUUGUAUUGGACUCUGACAGCAUACCACUUCACAUUUUCUGAUUUGAUUUUCAUUAGAUUUGUUUCCGACUAUAAAAUCAUUAUCCAUGCUCAUUUUUGCUAAUCAAAAUAUGUGAAGAGGGAAAAACAUAUUAGUGGAGGUCUUUGUGAUGUGAUGAGGUACACAUAUGUGUGUAUGUAUUUCUAUGCAUACAUAUGUGUAUGCACAUCAGCCCAGUAUAUGUGCAAGUGUCUUAAAAAGCCAUUAACUUCGGUCUAAAUCACCUAUAAAGAGAACAUUACUCACCAAAUUAAGGGGGGGGGGGGGACAGCAACAACUUGUACCAUAGCCAGCCACAUGCUGUUGAAUUUUGAAAAUAAGAUGAACUUAGUAUGUUUUCUAAUUCUUACUGGCUUUUGUUAACCUCCUUUUUCGUCAGCUACCUUAAAAAAUGCAUGUAAUCCACCUUGAUUUUAGAAACAUCUCAAAAGGAGAGAGGGAAGGCACAAUAAAUGAUAAUUUAGUUAUAGUAUAUAGCAAGAAUACCAUUGGUCAUUAGUGGCAUUUGGGUAGUUUGGAGGAAUGAUUUUGUUAUUGUUGACUGCCUUCCCCUUAACUCCUAAAAUUAAACACUGUUUGCUUAGUGUCUGAAUAGCUCAUGCUAUUUGUAUUAACAUCUUGGUUAAAUACAGAGAGGAUCUCCUGGCAGCAGGAUAGUUUCUAAACUAGUUAUAUGUAUUAAUGACAGGGAAGAGAUACAGAUUUCUCAUUUGCUCAUUUGUGACCAUAAUUAUUUUCUUUUUGCUGUUUCAGUGCCUUUUACUCUACUGUCUACUCCUUCUCUUACCACCACAGAAUUUGUAAGAACCCAAGAAUUUAGUAAAAAUCUUGAAAUUAUCUUCUUAGUUUUUAUAUAGACUGAAGUCUUUGCUUCAAGAUGAUUAGGAGGUGUUUUCCAUUAAAUUAAAAACUAUGAUUUUUAUAUUGCUCUCCAGUUGGUGGAGGCAGAUUGCAAAGUCUGUUGUGCCAGGUGCACAUAGUUUCACAUAUUUUCAUUGUUGCUAUUUCAUUUUGUAUUUUCAUCAAAUUUUUUAAAGUGCAGGAUAUUUACUUUGCUCUUGGAGUAAAGGGAACAGGCUAUGAAUGAACUGCCAACAGAAACUGGCGCAGAAAGGAAAAGAGGGCUGUUCCAUUAAUAUAGGCACUGAUGGAAAAUUCAUUCUGUUGGUCAGGGAAAUAUCUCUGCCACUCCCAAGCCUCCUUAGUGUUGGAUAAAAUGGUUAAUGAAGCAGAACAAGUACAGGUUUUGUAAGUGUCAGUCAUAUCCUGCCGCCUCCAUCUCCAUCCCUACAGACCCCCCCCCUCCAGUCCUUCCCUGGAACCCAAGGAAGGAGGAAUGCUGGGGGGAAACCCUGAACCAGGAGUCAGAUGACCCGAAUUCUAAUCCUGUUCUCUAAAAAAGGUACUUGCCCUGGUACCGUGGGAAAGACCCAUAUCUACACCUCAGAUUCUUGAACUCUGAAACGGAUAAUGUCAUUUAUCCUGCCCUUCUCCAGGGGCUUUAAAAGGAUCUAAUGAGAUGGUGUGUAUGAAAAUAAUUCUUUAGAUGUGAAGAGCUGUCUGCGUGUAAGGUCAUAGCAUUGCUCUUAUUGUGCUUAAGGGAGGAUUUUCUCCCUGUUUCCCUAAAAUUUAUCAGAGGUUUCACAUAGUGAUAAGUAGAGUAGACUGCUCCAUAAAUGGCUAACGUGUUCCUGAUCCGAGUGUCUUGCUAUUAAACUUCUGUCACUCUGGUCUAUCCCAGUGCUGUGCCAAUUUAAGAGACGACAGCCAGCUUAUCACAAACAGGAUUAAGAAGAUAUUGGAAAGGAAACUAAGAUGUAUGUGUUUAAGAUGUAUGUAGUUAAUAGGUUUCAUAUCUUUCCUGAACUAAGAAUUAAUAAAUCUUGACCCUCAUCUCAGUAGAAAUGACAAUAUUAAUUUGAAUUUGGCCAUGAACACAUGGUAACUUUUGGCUUCUAGUUGUAGCUGAAAGUGGGAGUGUUUGAUCCAGUGACGUGUGUGUGUGUGUGUGUGUGUGUGUGGCUAUUUUGGCUCUUUUUUAAAGGAAAAUUAAGGUUCCUUUUUUAUGGGCUUUUUUUUUUUUUGAUUAUUAACAUUAGGCCUUACAUUAAACCAGCAGUUUUUAAAGUGUGGCUGGCCCAUGACCCCCUGGGAGCCCUUGAGAGAAUUUUAGGACAUCUGUGAGAUCAAAACUAUUUUCAGGGGCGCCUGGGUGGCACAGUCGGUUGGGCGUCUGACUUCAGCCAGGUCACGAUCUCGCGGUCCGUGAGUUCGAGCCCUGCGUCGGGCUCUGGGCUGAUGGCUCAGA